AUGUUCAACCUGCGAUCCCUCAUGGCUGCAUUGCCAACCCGCACAACCGCCCUCAGAACCCCAUUAGCCACCACCACCACCCCCGUCACAUCCAUGCUCCGCCAGAUUCACUUCAACAACACCCUCCACCAACAGACCCGAUCCAUGGCCUCGCUCAACCAGGUCAUGCGCGGCUGCCGCAAGACCUUCAAGAAGGACUCCAAAUCUCCCGCCCUCGACGCCUGCUUCCAAAAGAAGGGCGUCUGCGUCCGUGUCUUCACCCAGAAGCCCCGUAAGCCCAACUCGGCCGUCCGUAAGGUCGCCCGUGUCAAGCUCUCGAACGACAAGGUCGUCAACGCCUAUAUCCCUGGUGAGGGCCACAACCUCCAGGAGCAUUCCGUCGUUCUCGUUCGCGGCGGUCGUGUUCCCGAUCUUCCCGGAGUCCGUUAUCAUUUGGUCCGUGGUGCUAUGGAUCUCCAGGGUGUCCCCAACAGACGUACCUCCCGCUCAAAAUACGGAACCAAGAAGCCCAAGAAGGCCGAGUAG